AUGACGGGUGUAGUGGAUACAGUUGAGGUAGAGGAUAUAGUUGAUAUAAAUGAAGUGGUAGAAGUAAAUGAAGUGGAUGAUGUGGAGGACGUAAGUGAGGUAGUGGGAGUAGAGGAUAUGGAGGAUUUAGAGGAUGCGGAGGAUUUGGGUAUAGUAGGUUUAGUAGAUGUAGUGGGAGUAUUGAAUAUCUAG